AUGGCGGGAAACGAGGAAGAUUCGGAAAAAGAUGAUUACGUCACGUGGGAUACGGAUCAAGAGUACGAAGUUGAAAAAAUAUUGGGUCACAGGCGUAAUAAGAAAAAUCAAUUCACGUACCUCGUCAAGUGGAAAGGUUGGAGCGACGCGUUCAACUCGUUCGAACCUUUGGAAAAUUUAACCGGAUGUAAUUAUUUACUAAUGAAAUAUUAUAGGAAAUUUCGAUCGACGACGAAUCAUACGAUCGAAGACGUGAGGAAAAGAGUGCAGGAGGGCGUGGAAACGUACGAAGUUUACCAAAAGUUAAUGCGUGACAAUUUCAGCAGGGAAAGCAUAGACGAAUUUUCUCGGGAUCACGUCAACGUCGUCGAACGGAUAUUCGGAACCGAAACCGAUUUCGAAGAAUGCGAAAAAUUCAUAGGGGAAGAAUACAAGUAUUUGUUGGAAGCGAUGACGAGCGCGACAUCAUCAUCAUCAUCCGUCGACGUCGACGACAAACUGUGCCGAAGAGUUUUCGAUUACGAUAUUUGUUUGAGAUUGAUAAGUCGAAGGCGGAAACAGUUACGAGAACUCGCGACGUCCGAAGCCAAGAUGAACAAUUUCGAAGACGUGGGCGUCAAAAUCGAAAACCACGUGGAUUUAGAUAGUUUUCCGAACUUUGUUUACGUCACGAAAUUACAAUGCGCGGACGACGUCGUGUUUCCGGCGGAUCCGCCGCUGGGAUGCGAUUGUUCGAGCGGUUGCAGCAAAGAUUCGACGUCUUGUUGCGGUCGUCUCGCGGGUUUUCAACUGGCCUACAAUUCGAACAAAAGGUUGAGAAUACCCGAAAGGGAACCCAUUUACGAGUGUAAUAAAAAAUGUUCGUGUUCGUCGAAUUGCGUGAAUCGCGUCGUACAGUCGGGUCGACAAGUCGAAUUGUGCGUUUUCAAAACUCCCGACAAAGGGUGGGGAGUGAAAAAUUUAAACGACAGAAUACUCAAGGGAACGUUCGUUUGCGAAUACAUAGGAGAAGUCAUACCGCAGUUCGAAGCGGCGAAAAGAGACGUGGAAAACGAGAAGAAAAAGGUAUCGUACCUGUUCGAUUUGGAUUUCAAUCCGGAUCACGAAUCGGAAAUGUAUUCUAUCGACACGUACAAAUACGGCAACGUCGCGCGGUUCAUCAAUCACUCGUGCGAACCCAACUUGGUCGUUUAUCCCGUUUGGAUAGAUUGUCUAGAACCCAACUUGCCCAGAUUGGCAUUUUUCGCGAAAAGAAACAUCGGACGAAACGAAGAGAUAACUUUCGAUUAUUGUUGCAGAACGGAAGACGGAAAUGGAUCCAUCGUCGAUGCAGACGACGAACAAGAGGAAAAUGGAAAAUUAAAUAACGGUAAGAAAACAAUGUCGAAAAUUCGUUGCGAGUGCAAAGCUUCUAAUUGUCGGGGUUGGCUUUUUAAAUAA